UGUUGGUUGCUUCCCGAGGUGCGCGGACGUGGCGUCAGGGUCUUAAGCCGCUCUAGGCACACUCCGUUGCCGUCUUCUAGGGACCGAGGGCGGCUUGUGAUAUUCGGGGGCGCGACCGAGUCUGGCCCUGCGCGCCCUGCGUCCCGGUUUCUCCGUGGAGCGCGUCUCCUGUCCCGCUCCCGGACAGCAGCGCCGAAAACGGGGCGAAGAGGAAGCAAGAUCCCGGUUAAAUAGAUUUCUCCACAGAUCCUGUGCAGUUACCCUGCGAGCUCACACGUAACAACAACAACAACAACAAAUGAAGAAAUUAAGACUUAAGGAACUAGAGAGUCGCCUGCAACAAGUGGAUGGAUUCGAAAAGCCCAAGAUACUUCUAGAACAGUAUCCCACCAGCCCACACAUUGCAGCAUGUAUGCUCUAUACAAUCCAUAACACAUACGAUGACAUUGAAAAUAAAAUGGUUGCAGAUCUGGGAUGUGGUUGUGGAGUGCUGAGCAUCGGAACUGCAAUGUUAGGAGCAGGGUUGUGUGUUGGAUUUGACAUAGACGAAGAUGCAUUGGAAAUAUUUAAGAGGAAUGUGGAGGAAUUUGAGUUAACAAAUGUUGACAUGGUUCAGUGUGAUGUGUUCUCAUUAUCUAACAGAAUGUCCAAGUCAUUUGACACAGUAAUUAUGAAUCCUCCAUUUGGGACCAAAAAUAAUAAAGGGACAGAUAUGGCUUUUCUAAAGACUGCUUUGGAAAUGGCAAGAACAGCAGUAUAUUCUUUACACAAAUCCUCAACUAGAGAACAUGUUCUAAAGAAAGCUGCGGAAUGGAAAAUCAAGAUAAAUAUUAUUGCAGGUGGCUUUUGUUUUACAGAGCUUCGAUAUGACCUGCCAGCAUCAUACAACUUUCAUAAAAAGAAAUCAGUGGACAUUGAAGUGGACCUAAUUCGAUUUUCAUUUUAAAAUCUUCCAAAAGCAAAGGCAUUUUAAAACCUAAUUAAAACAAAUUAAAAAAUUGUGUAUUAAACUACUGGUCUCCAGCACCA